AUGACAUUUAGCUCUCAGCAAAACAGAGUGUCGUUGUUAUUCAUCAGCGAUUAUGGAGUGCAGAAACCCGGUUUUCAGCUCAUUUACAAACCAGAAACUCUGCAAGAUCAAUGGAAAAAGAAUAACGAAAUUGAACCCGAUUAUCGGCACAUACUAAACAAUUGCGGAAAGGAGUUGAAUGAAAGCUCAUCCAAUAUCAUUUUCUGGAAAGGACGCGAUGAAACAAACACCUUAUGUAUCUGGAGGAUCAUAAAUAACUUUGGAGGCACAAUUACACUAAAGAUUGAAGAAUUGAAGUUAAAAUCGCAUUCAGGAUCUGUCAGGAUUUUGGACGGACGUGACUGCGAUGCGGAAGUCAUUCAUCUUUUUGUGCAAAGCGCACCUUCUGUCACUCGAACAAUUCGUGGCUCUUCAAACGCGAUGACCGUUGUACUGACAGAACCAGGUGGACAGGGAAGUAUACUCAACGCUACCUUAUCAUUUGGUAAGUAA